AUGGAAGAGGACAAUCAUCUCCCGAACUUCAAGGAUCUGGAAACUAAACUGGGUCGCAAAGUCCCCGAGAGUUUGGUUCGGUCUCUCACUGACGGAGAUUUUAAGUGGAAAAGUGAUACCAAAUCCACGGAAAACCAUUCAGCCUCUAACGACGUAAAGCGACUGGAAAGCAAGAUGUUAUUUUUAAAACAGGAAAUGGCACUUUUACGCGCCAUCGACGUCAAGCUGAUGCACCAGCUGCUGUCAAUCAACGAGGGCAUCGAGUCCAUUCGCUGGGUGAUGGAGGACAGGGCGAGCGUGGCGAGUCACGGGAGCAGUUUGACGGGCAGUCUCUACAGCCUGUCGGACAGUCAGGAUGCCUCGCAGGGCGGGAGCUGCAGCAGUCUUCAUGAUGGCAGCGAUGGCUUAGACGGGAUUUCGGUGGGCAGUUAUCUGGACAUGCUGGGAGGAUCUUCUCCCAACGACCUCUCCGACAGCUUCACCGAAAAGUCCAUGUAUGAGGAGGAUGCCUUUAAAAAGAACUCCACGCGCCCCAGAGUGGACACAGACGAAUACUAUUGUUUUGGAUAA